AUAGAGCAAAUUAUAGUUAUUUCACACAAAUCUUUUAAAGGUUUCGCGCACUGUCGUUCGUGUCUCGUCGGGACUUGUCCAAAUUGCACCAACCGUUCGCGGGUAAAAGCGUCGCACGCAAUCAACUUACAUUUGCAUACGUUAUAUUUAUUGCGUGUAUGUGUAUCUUUUUUAUAUAUUCAGAUAUAUACGCGCGUGAAGAAAAUACAAAAAUAUUGAGACGGUUUUGCCCGUUCACGCGAUGUGCAUUAGUGACGUAUGGAGGUACGGUCGACGAUGUUCGCUUGCCGCAAUGGAGAAGCAGCGCGGAAGACGGUGACAUAAAACGGACGUGCGUUAUCCAGGACAAUGGUCGUAAUGAAAACCAACGUCCGAAGGUCGCCGUCGUGCCUUCUUCUGCGACCAGACCGUGUCGCUUUGCCUCGCCUCGCAGGGGACGAGUCAGUCGAAACUCGUGCGCGGAUGAGCGUGGAAGUUUUGUCCAAUCGAAGGUCGGGACAACGGUGUCAUCGCGCGCUUUCACAGCCGUUACCGCUUCGUUCCUCCGUGUCGUUUCAUCGGCGCAAUAACGUGCG